AUGCUCUCACGAGACAAGCGGCCCAGCAUCCCAGUACACGCCUCGCGCCUCGGCCCGUCGUCCACAGCGCCGGGGUACAUCACCACGGCGCCGUACGCGGCGGCGCGCGGCGGCGCGCCCAUCCCGCCCUUCAACCCGUCGCUCUCGCACCCCGCCUUCCUCCCCGUCCGGGUGCACGUCACUGCCGCGCUCGCUGCCGUGCCGCCUACAUUACCGCGCGCACCGAGCCCGCCGAAGCGUACCGACUGGGAAAACGCAGCCAAGGUCUCGCCUGCUUGGGAGGGAGCCAUGUCCGCCCCUAUCGUUGCCAAGUCUGCGCCCGAAGACCUGUCGGCCAAGAUCGACGCCGUGUUCGACGACAUCGAGGGCCACCUCAAGAAGCUGGUCGACCUCCGCGCCAAGGAGGACGACGAGCAGUACGACAAGUUCAUGCAGCACGCGCGCGAGGAGCUGCACGAGCGCCAGGACGCCAAGAAGAUCGAGGGCGAGCAGCCCGCCCUCUCGCGGCCCCAGACCCGCCUCGGCAAGGACAUUGAGGACCUCAAGGCCAAGGUCCAGGCGCACCGCGAGGUGCUCAAGGCCGCCGCUGCGGGCAAGUAAAGUGAUUAGGGCCUCAUGAUGCAUGGUCGGGUGACUGCCUG